GUCCCAUACGUUUCCAAAUGUGCUGUUGUGCUAAACUAUAUUGGCUGCUCCGUUCUCGAAAUAAUUUGUGAGUAAAUUUUCUCUCAUUAUGCAAGGUGAAGCUCGAAAAAGACGUGUACAAAGCACAACGACGUCUAAGAGCAAACAUAUCAAAACGAAUGAUGGGGAAACUGAAGCGACACAUCACGUUUUAGGCAGUAAAAUGAAAUCUAGACGAAAAGAAUCUUCUGAAAUAUUGCUCGAAAAUUUAGUGUUCGGAAAUGACAUUGAAGAUCCUAUUUUUGAAUCUGAAGAAGAAGAAGCUGUCGAGCUAGACCCACACUCUGGUUCUGAAGAGGACCCUGCUAAAGAUGAUGAUGUUUCUACAGAAAUUCAGAGUAGACUCCAGGCCACUGAAAGUUCUCUGGAUAAAGGGAAGAAGAAACCAGCAUGGCAUGAUGACACAGAUGAAGUGCAGUUAAGCUUUGAUCAGGAGAAGACCUUCAGACAACAGAAGAUACAAAGGAGAGCAGAGAAGGAAGUAAGCGGUCAUCAACUCCAAGAAAGAUUGAAGUCACAGUAUGAAAAAGUAGUCGGCAGUACUCCAUCAUGGGCAAAGUUGAAAUCAGAAAGAGAAAAGGAUGCAGGCAGUGAUGAAAGCGAGGAUGAUGAGGAAGACGAUGACCACCCUCUCUUGAGGAGAACAGGUGACUACUUGACCACCUCAGAGAUGCUUCCCUCAGUAAACCUGAACAUCAAGAGACUGACCAACCUCAACAAAGAACAACCAACAGAGGGCAUGGUGACUGCAUUAGAGUUUCAUCCAGGAGCUCAAGUUGCCAUGGUAGCAGGUCUGGAUCAGAGGUUGAAUUUAUUUCAAGUUGAAGGGAGACACAAUCCUAAGAUUCAGAGUGUCUUUGUGGAGCAGUUUCCCAUCCACUGUGCUCACUUUGCAUCUCAAGGAACAGAGGUUGUCCUCAGUGGCAAGAGGAAAUUCUUCUACAUCUAUGACAUGAUAGCUGGCAAGGUUUCACAGAUACCAUAUAUCAGAGGUAUUCAGGAGAACAAGUUAAUGAGCUUUGAGGUAUCUCCAGAUGGGAAGUUUCUGGCAUUCUUGGGCGACUAUGGAAACAUUCAUCUCCUAUCUGCUCAGACAAAGGAAUUGAUUACAACCCUUAAAAUGAAUGGUACCGUUGAUGCAGUCACUUUCACACCAGAUGGAUCAAAGAUGAUGUCAUUUGGAGACGACUGUGAUGUGUAUGUAUGGGACAUGAACACAAGAGACUGUGUUCACAAGUUUGCUGAUGAUGGAUGCAUCAAAGGCAAUACAAUAUCAGUGUCGCAAGGAAACAGAUAUGUAGCAACUGGCUCACAGAGUGGUGUGAUAAACAUCUACGAUGACCAGUGCUUGACCAAGGUACACCCUACCCCUCUCAAGGCGGUCAUGAACAUGACCACACCUGUCACAGCAACCAGAUUCAACUCGAACAAUGAGAUCUUAGCUGCCAUCUCGGUCUACUCAAGGGAUGUUGUCAAGUUGAUUCAUCUACCAUCGUGCCACACUUUUGCAAACUUCCCUUCAUCCAAUGAAGUUCUGCGUUCACCCUGUGCUCUAGAAUUCUCCCCUAGGAGUGGUUACUUUGCUCUGGGCAACAAUAAGGGGGAAGUCCCUCUAUUCAGGUUAAAACACUACAAGGACUAUUGAGCAGGAUACUUUGAUGCAACACCAAGGGAGAAUCUUAGGACUUUGGUCAGGAGAGCGGUCCAGUGUAUAUUUAAGAUCUUUUACAGUUACAGUACUUCUUUAGUACAAGUAUAGGGAGAGUCGAUCACUGAAGAAGGCAACACGCAACAAUUACAGUUGGAAGAGCAUAGCAUUUACUCAUAUUAUAUAUCAUGCAUUAAGAAACAGAUAAAGAUGUACAUCAACGUUAAAUGCAAUGAUCUGAAAUGACCUCUGCAGAACUCAAAUGUGUUCUCCAAGUGGAGUACCAAGUAAACCAUUUUAUACAAAUAUUCCUUGGCUUCUCAACAAUUAGCUUCAUUCCAUAAAGAAUGAAUGUGAACAUUCUCUUGA